AACGGUGUGCUCUGAAUGAGAAGGUAGGGCGUAUCUAGCUUUCUUCAGUUUGUAGAGAACUAUGUAGUAUAGAAUCCGGGUCCACACAACCCGUAGCUAGCGGAGGGAGUUCACACGUAGUGCCUCGAUACUGCCUGCAACGACGACUUUGAUACCCAUCCAAUGGAUGUUUCAACCUAGCGGACAAACUCCAGAUGCGGGGAUUGAGGGUCUAGACGGACGUUUGCUGAAGGAACAUCACACUCAAAUAAACGGCCACAAGUGACGAGUCCCCCAGAUCAUGCAACAGCCGUUGAGACGAUUGGGCACCCUCGCCGCUUCGCAAGUCCGCAAUGCCGACGGACCAACACGUUUGCAUAACCAAAUCUCGGGUACUGACAAAAGAACUGCUAUUGAGCGGGGGGGUUCGAUUAUGUACAACGGGAAUGGCCUCCCCAAAAAGAAAACUGCUCUCGUUUGCGCCGGCCCUCCCCCCAGAUCAGGCACAAAAAAAAAGAAAUUACAAAAACGUAUAUCCUCCCUCACAGCCCAUUCUCCGUGACCAGAUUCGGCGUCAACGUGCCGUCCGCACCCUUUCUGAUCCCCGCCUGCUGAUUCUUCUCGGCGUCCCGCUUGGCAGGGUCGUGUUCCGCGUACGCGGCGAGGGUGGCGUCCCGCGUGGUGGAGGCUGCGGCGAUGGUUGUGGUGUCGAAGGCGAUGGUGGGUGGGGUGGAGGUAAUGGGUGGGGUUGCGAGGGGGUUGGUGGGUUGUUGGGUGGUGGUGGGAUGGGUGGACAUUUUGUUGAGAUGUGGGCGUGCGAGAUGCGGGGUGGUUUGUUCUUUUGUGCUUUUGGGUGGUGGCCUUUUGGGGUGAGAGUGAAGUCUUGACUGCUUCUUCCUUUUUGGUUUGGUCCAAUCUGGAAUGAGGUUUGCUAUCCGGGGCCGGCCUGCCUCCUUGGGCUUUUUAUAUACGUAGCAGUCCAAAACGUACAGUACAAUACAGUAGGUCCGACGGGCGCGUGAAAUUG